ACACAUUUGGGGUGGUGGCACUUCACACAUUGUGUGUCCUGUGGCAGCGAACAGAAAGAAGGUGUACCUAAUCAAGUGGCCUGCCAGUGCGUGCAAAUGUACAGUUUGAUGGGAGGCGGCCUCUUCUGCGGCGUGGUGGCCAACAUCCUGCUGGUGGUCGCCACCGCCACCGACCACUGGAUGCAGUACCGCGCCUCGGGGAGCCCCGCCCACCAGGGCCUGUGGCGCCGCUGCGUGUCCAGCAAGUGUCACCUGCAGGGCGACAACAACACAGCCUACUGGACCGCCACCAAGGCCUUCAUGAUCCUGGCGGCCGCCGCCUGCUUCACGGGCGCCAUCGCCGGCCUCACGUCCUUCUCUCACUUCUCCUCCUUCGGGAGGUUCAACCGCUCCUUCGCUGCAGGAAUCCUCUUUUUCACCUCCACGUUGCUGCUGCUGCUGGCGCUGUCCCUCUACACGGCGGCGGCGCUGCACUUCCAUGGCGGAGGUGUGGGCGAGUGGCGUUUCUCCUGGUCCUACAUCCUGGCCUGGGUGGCCGCCCUCAUGACCUUCUUCGCAGGUGUUUUCUCCGUCUGCGCCUACAGGACGUGCGAGUGCAGGAGGACCAGGCGUUAGAGGCAAGGAAGGAAGAGGCUGAUGUCACCAAGAAAACUUCACCCUUCUACCAAAUAUUACACUCACUUUAUUUCAAUAAAAUAAUAAUUAAUGACUUAAUUAGUAUUAUUUUUAUAAAUGUAUAUUUGUGUUUAUUGUAAUCUGUGUAAACUAUAUAACUGGAUUUUAUAAUAUUAUAUUCAU